AGGGCUUGUUUGGCAUCCCAAUAUAUACUCAAUCAAACAAAUCAAAGCUCCCACACACAGAAAGAUAGAGAAAAAGAAGAGAGAGAAUGGACGGAGAGAACUCCAACUAUCAUUACAGAGAAUGCCUCCGGAACCAUGCAGCCAGUCUGGGCAGUUACGCCACCGAUGGCUGCGGCGAAUUCACCCUCGACGACACCUCCUCUCCGACCAACAACCUCCACUGCGUUGCUUGCGGCUGCCACCGUAACUUCCACCGCAAAAUCACUUACAUCGCCGGCGGUGGCCGCUCUUCCGCCGCCACCGCAGACGAUCUCAUGGACUACGACCAAGCCGCAACCGAUACCGAGAGGAGCGGCGGCGGAGGAAAAAAACGGUUCCGUACGAAGUUCACGGCGGAUCAGAGAGAGAAGAUGCUGGCAUUUGCAGAGAAAUUAGGUUGGAAAUUGCAGAGAAGAGAUCUUGACGACGAGAUCGAGAGGUUCUGCCGGAGCGUGGGCGUCACUCGCCAGGUUUUCAAGGUUUGGAUGCACAAUCACAAGAAUUCUUUUUCUUCUAAUUCUGCAUCCACUGGAAAUGCCUCUUCUCUAACACAGUAAAUAAAGAUUAAUUAAUUUAAUUAAUUGAUCUUUGUGAAUGUGAUUAGAGUUAAAUUAAAAGGAGGCCUAAUUUUUCCUUCCUUUUUUUCCCCUUUCAGAUCCCUUUGUUAUUCUUGCUAAAAAGGGUCUAGUUUAUAUAUCAGUAAUCCGCCUUUUUAUUGUAAUAUAUAAACUAAUUUGCUUAAGGAAAAAAAAAAAAAAA